CACCAGAAUCACGAAACUGCUCAUUGUGGUUAAAGGCAACGAACUAGCGCACCAAGGCGGUGGCGGUGCAGAGCAAGGGACGGUGUCACACUGCUAAUAAAUACGGAAUGGUGCAUGUAAGUGUUCGUGCAGAUCACAUCCGCCCUUCACCCUGCAGAGGCCUCUCAGCCUUGCCAUGGUCCAUGGAGCUCAAAAGGGUGUGCCCGUGCCAUCAACCCCGCCCUCUCUGGCAUUUCAUCAAUAUGAGCCCGAAGUCCUUCUGUCCCUUUCCCAAAGUUGUCACCAAGAUCCAAAGCCAAAUCAGACCACUCCCGCUGCGAUAGUAGUCCAGUCCAUCCCGUGAAUUCAACCAAGGAAGAUGAGUCUGGCGGCCAGCCAGUGCGUCUACAUCCAGCUCCAAAGGGUUGCGCUAACCACCCAGAGCCCGCGCGAGUUCGCGGACCAACUGGCCAUAUUCAUAAUGACUCGCCUCUUUGAUGUUGGUCUUGCCACUGCUGCAGCAGCGGCAGCUGGAGCAGCAGGCGCACAUGCAGCCGGAGUCCCCCUGACUACCGAGAUACUGCGGGAUGCCGCCGUUGGCGGAGCCCUCAAAUCCGGAGCCAUGGCCGUUGCCGGUCUCUUCAUGCUGGCGCGGCUUAAUACACCCUUCAUCGUCAUCCCGAUGCUCCUGGGAACAACCAUGGCGACAAACGUUCUGUUGGUGGCAGCACUAGCAAACCGAACGCUCGGAUACGCGCCAACCCAGCUCCUCGUAGCCGCCGUCGUGGCCGGCAUUCCGCUCGGCUUUUGCCCGGUAUACUAUUAUGGAGCGUUUCGAGUCCCGAUCACGUUUACAUCAAUCCCAUUCGACGUUCUCGGGGCAUAUACGUUUGUGAAAAUGGCCGACAACUUGGGCCACCCUAUUUGCCCACUCAGGCCUGCACUAGUUGCCGGCGCCGUGUUUGGAACGGUCUUCUCUGUCGGCUUAACUUUAUUCGGUUGCUGGUUCAUAGGACGGCCCAGGAUCAUACGCCUGAGCAAUGCCGGGAACAGCCUCUCUGGGCACGCGAGCUGCUGUGGAAAUCAAGUUGUUUUCAAUUCCGUCACGAGGGGGGCCAUCGCCAGGCCCCCAGUCUAUGGUUCCUUGGGUAGCGCCGGGUUCGGCGUGGUGUCUCGGAGAACCCAUGCCCUCGGAAUCUACUGGGAGCCUGGUGCGGUUGGCGGGGGCUUGGUCCUCCACGCCGAGUCGUCUGCAAACGAUACGGUAAAUUACACUACGGGCGGGGCCGAGUUCUUCAGGAUGGCUUGAGUCAACACCCAAGACGCCAGCGUCUCAUCACGUCCCGAGACGGCGCAUUCUUCAUCAUCAUGCUUCUCUACCGAGCCACAGCAGAGAAAUUACACAGAACUUAAUUAUAUAAACCUAAGUAUGGC